GGUUGAGCGGGGUUUGCUUUGCGCAUGCGUAAUAAUCAGUGGCGCCGGGUGGAAUGGUGGAACGUUCUUAAGGCGAGCGCGCCAGUGCCAGUCAGUGUGAGCUGCAGUAGGGAAGGGGCUACGGAUUUUUGUCUGCUGCUGGAAUGGUUUAUUUUAAUUUGUAGGAACAGCACACUUUGUUUUAUUCUUAGUGGGAUUUCCAAUUAACGCAACAUGGAUCAAAACAACAGUAUACCCCCUUUCCAGGGGUUGGCAUCACCACAGGGUUCUCUGACUCCAGGGAUUAACAUUUUCAGUCCGUUGAUGCCCUAUGGAACUGGUCUGACCCCUCAACCUGUACAAACAACUAACAGUUUAUCAAUAUUGGAAGAACAGCAAAGACAACAACAACAGGCCCAGCAGUCUACAUCACAACAAGGCAAUCAGGGGUCAGGCCAAACCCCACAACUGUUUCACCCACAGACUCUUACCACAGCACCUCUUCCAGGAAAUACACCCUUAUACCCCUCCCCAAUGACUCCCAUGACCCCUAUUACUCCUGCUACCCCUGCAUCAGAAAGUUCAGGAAUUGUUCCUCAGCUACAGAACAUAGUGUCCACUGUAAAUCUUGGCUGCAAACUGGAUCUGAAAACAAUUGCACUUAGAGCGCGAAAUGCAGAGUAUAACCCUAAGCGUUUUGCUGCCGUUAUAAUGAGGAUACGAGAACCACGUACAACAGCACUUAUAUUUAGUUCAGGGAAAAUGGUAUGCACUGGAGCUAAAAGUGAAGAACAGUCACGUUUAGCAGCAAGAAAAUAUGCCAGAGUUGUACAGAAAUUGGGGUUUCCAGCCAAGUUUUUAGAUUUUAAAAUACAAAAUAUGGUGGGAAGCUGCGAUGUGAAAUUCCCUAUUAGAUUAGAGGGACUGGUCCUUACACAUCAGCAGUUUAGCAGUUAUGAGCCUGAACUGUUUCCAGGUCUUAUUUACAGAAUGAUCAAACCAAGAAUCGUCCUGCUUAUUUUUGUUUCUGGAAAGGUUGUAUUGACCGGUGCUAAAGUUCGAGCAGAGAUCUACGAAGCAUUUGAAAACAUCUAUCCUAUCCUUAAAGGCUUCAGAAAAACAACGUAACUGCUGGCUUUUAAAUUUUUAUUUUUUUUAAGGGUUUUUAUGUAAAAUAGAAAAUUUUGUACAGGAUAUAAUGCAGCAGUGUCAGAAUUCACCCCGUUACAUAUGGUGUUCCAUUGAAGUCAGUAUAUCUGUGGGGCUUUUAAAAGUUGUUUUUAACAAUGUGGUUUUAUCAAGAUUGUAACCCUUUUACACGGUAGAAGGCUGAAAUUAAGGAUGGAAAAAUAACUUUGUAUCUGCUUCCAUAUGUUUUGGAGUAAAACAUGGGCAAAUCUGGGUACUGUAUAGAGUCCUAUUGUAAAUAUAUUUCGUUUAUACAUUAUGCUCUUUAGUAAUAUGGUUUAUUUCUGCACUUCAUAGCAUAACUAACGAAUAUGAACCAGUAAGUUUUAUUAUGUACUGUGAUUGAUGUGAGCUUACAGCUCAUUAUUCUGUUUUUCAUUUUAUUAACUAUCGGAAAGCCGAGAAACCAAUGUGACUGAAUACCUUUUUACUACAAGCUGAUUGAAAUGUACUGUGCUUAAUUGCUUGUAGAGAGCAUCUGUUCAUUUAAACUAAAACAACUGUACAUUAUAUGCCCAAAGGAAUAUAGUAAACCUGUUAUUUUUGUGUUACAUUGCUUUGUGCCAAACACAUUCCCGAUUCACAGAAUUUAGUAAAACAGAAUAAAUUUAUAAUGUUUCUGUUUGGA